GUUCCAGGUUCCUAACCUAAAAUACAUGAUGAUAACAAAAUUAAGAAAGUAGAAACACAACAAUAAUGAUUAAAGAAGAAAUGGACAAUGAAAGUGAAUCUAAUCAAACUUGGAAAAAAAUUGAACGUGAUGCGAUAAAAGCUGGUUAUCGAGAGGGUGUGAGUGAUGGGAAAGAAUCUAAAUUUCAAACUAGUUUUAAUAAUGGUUACGAAAUCGGUUUUAGAAAUGGCUAUAGAAUAGGACAAUUCAAAGGAAGUCUAUUGGCAAAACAGAAGUUAUUAAAUAAAGAGCCCAUAAGUAAUCCUCUAUUAGAAAAAAUUGGCAGAGGAUGGUGUCAAAUUUGUCCUACAAAAGACACAUCAGACUUAAAUAUAGAUACAUCUAUUAAUUGUCAAGAACAAGUCUCAAACAAAUAUAUUCACCAAUUAAACAAUGCAUAUCCAAAUACAUUAAAAGAUUCAUUACCUAAACCUUAUAAUCUAAAUUUAUAAAUUUUUACAAUAAUUAAUACAUUUUUAUAAUUUAAUAACUAAUUUUGCAUUUUAAAUGAAUAGGAAAUCAUGGGUCCGAAUUCAUAUCCCUAGAAUUUUGACGCCCUAUCGUCGCACUAAAAAUGUUCUUCGCAUUAAUUGCCUUUUUAGUCGAAUCUUAUUAUUAUAUAUUAAUCGAAAUAUUGCAUUUAAAAAGAAAACACCCCUGCAGCGUUUAAAAUAUACACACAAAUUACAACAAUAGUAAUUGUAUAAUCAUUAUUAUUAUUAGUAUUAUAGUAAUUUUUCUUAAAAUGGGAAAUAUAAAGGUAUAAACUAUUUGUAUUUGUACACAUAAAAAUGUGUUUAAAUAUAUAAAAAUAAUUUAAUUAUAAAGAAUGGAAAAUUAAUAAAACUAUUUU